GUAGUUGAGUAGUUAUUUCCUCCCCCCAUUUUGGUGAGAAAAAACACGUCGUUUUUCUUUAAGUGGGAUGCUGUGUCGUUAGCCUGUACUUAGCUUGUAGCUGUUUUCACGUCGGGAUCAAAAUCACUCCGACGUAGUGCAUUAUGACAGACAGCAUUAUGAGCAAAGCUGCAACAAUGGAGAUUCCUAUCAACAGUAAUGGUGACACAGGGACUUCACCAGAGGAUGAUGGCCUGGAACAGGCUGCAAAGGUGCAGUGGAGCUUAAAUGAGAAGGUAGGAAGCUCCAGAGGCACCAGGGACUUGCAGCAGGUGAUGGUAUCGGGACCUAAUCUAAAUGAGACGAGCAUUGUAUCUGGGGGUUAUGGUGGAACAGCAGAGGGCAUCAUCCCUACCAGCUCUAUCAAAGGCCCUGCUGUGCGCUACAAGUCAGAGUUUAACAAAAGGAUACCACUUACAGCAAUAGGCUCCAACAUGCAUCACAGUAGCAGUAGCUCUUCCAUGAUGGCAGAGGAAGCAACCAAAGGAGUGGCUGUAGAAAAAAUAGAACUAAUGAAGAAAUGGGGUCUCAACACUUACAAGUGCACAAAGCAGAUGAUUUCGGAGCGUUUUGGUCGGGGUUCCCGGACUGUGGACCUAGAAUUGGAAGCUCAGAUUGAAGUGCUAAGAGACACUAAAAGGAAAUACCAGAACGUGCUGCGAUUGGCCAAAGCACUGACCAAUCACUUCUACAACAUGGUGCAAACGCAACAUGCGUUGGGUGACAUUUUUGCAGACCUGAGUCAGAAAUCUCCAGAGCUACGGGAUGAGUUUGGCUACAAUGCAGAGACUCAGAAGUUGCUGUGUAAGAACGGCGAGACUCUGCUGGGUGCCAUUAACUUCUUUGUGUCCAGUAUCAAUACACUGGUUAACAAGACCAUGGAAGACACACUGAUGACAAUCAAGAUGUUUGAGAAUGCCAGACUGGAGUUUGAUGCCUACCGGUCAGACUUGGAGGAACUGAGUGUGGGUCCAAGAGAUGCUGCAACUGUAGCUUCUUUAGAAUCUGCCCAGCAGCAGUACGAAGUUCACAAGGACAAAUAUGAACGCCUCCGCUCAGAUGUCAUGAUUAAACUCAAGUUCUUGGAGGAAAAUAAGAUUAAAGUGAUGCAUAAACAGCUCCUCCUUUUCCAUAAUGCCAUCUCAGCGUACUUUGCUGGCAAUCAGGAGCAGCUGGAACAGACACUGAAGCAGUUCAACGUAAAGCUGAGGCCCCUGGGGGCCGAUAAACCUUCCUGGUUAGAGGAGCAGUGAGCGGACCUCCUGGAUCUGUUAUCUUCUGUCCCACCUCGACCUGUUAACCCGAUGAAACCCCCAAUUUACAGCGGGCCACUGUAGAGAGAAACACAGAGAUGACUGGGUGGAUGAAGAUAGGUGCAAGAGGCACAUGCAGCUAGCUGUGUGGACAGAGUGGCAGGAUAUUAAGUACGUAAUUGCAGCAGGAAACCAAGUAGCCACUGUCACGAACAGCGAGGGGGCUGUUAGUGCCUCUCUUCCCAUUUCCUUUUCUAACCCUAAAUCUCUUUGUGCUUUAUUCCAUAAAAAACUGUACAUCUCUCCCCCAUCUCCUCUCCCAUAUGAAUGAAGUCCUUCUUAUCAGAGCACUGUUUGCAGGGUGAGGAUGUGUUGGUCAGGUUUAUGGUCCCUGUUGGACUCCUCAAGUGCUCUGAGGUUAAUUUCACCCCCUGUCAAUCACAAAGAAAAAGUGGUUAAACCAUUAGGCCUACAAAAACACACUUCAUCAAAACGGUUUCAGACCUCCUCCAUCUCCCAGUGUGCCUCCUAUUUAUUUGAACUAAUAAUGUGUAAACAAAACUGUGGCCUGUAAGGAGUAAAGUUUAGAAAAUAAGUGUAUGUGAAGGAAAACGUCCAGUACUCUGGAAAGGGGAAGACGAGAUGUUUGAAAUCAUUGUACAUUUGAAAUUAAUAUACUUUCACUUUGAUUGUAAUUAAGGGAAAGACAAUGUAUUUUAAACAGAAUUUCUUCAUGUAACUAUCAUAUUUUUUCUGUGUUCUGAUUAAUCUCUAACAUGCCACGGUGCAGAUAGUGUAUGAAUGGUUUGAGUUGUGACCUGAAAAGCACUGAUUUGGAAGAAUGUGACCUCCAAAUUCUUUAAUAUUUGAUUUAAAUUGAUAUAUGCAGUGGUGAUUUGUGAAACACUGCCACAGUGUGGGACAGUGUGUUGUUUGGUUUGUUUAUUGUUUAUGGUGGUAACAUAUGGUUAUGUGUAUUGAAGGCUUUCUGAAAAGGUUUUUAAAUGACCAGCCAAUGACCUGCUUAAGAUGAAACUGACAACUUGUUGUGACCCCACUAGACCUUUUGAUGUUUAAAAGUGAUUUCUUAAAAGGGGUAGAUUACAUUUUCUACACAGGACUGAAGUGUUUUUCUUUAGUCACCGGUCUCUAUAUGAACCUGGACAAUCUUAUCCAUCAGUUCCAGUGGUGGGCACAGCCAACCGAAACACUGGCUUUGAUAACCGCUAUGUCGCAAAGCUAACUAUAACACUAAAUAAAUAAACUAAGAUAUUUAGCUGCUAACAGCUUAAAACCCUGAGAGCUGGAAUUUUAUUAUGUUUCAGUACAAACAUGGAGUUUCCCAAAAAGGUUUAACAUGUCAUGAUCACGUGAUCAAGAUGUUCAUAAAUGAAGAAAUUGUGCUGAACAGUAGCUUUCAAUAUAAUUGACUUUAAAACACAUUAAAUGAAUAAGAAAUAAGAUUUAAAAGUGUACAUGCGAAUUAAUUAUCGAGCUGGUGCAUUUACACUGACCACCUUUUAUCUCCUCCAGCUAAUGCUUGCUACCUUUGCACAAUGUCCAUUUCAUUUGUUGGAUUCAUGUAGAAGCUUCCACAGGAACAAAUCUGUAUGCUUUUAGGGUUUGCAAACAUUUAUGACUGUUAAAUAUUCCUAAAAAAAAAAAGUUUGCAGACUUAAGGUUGGCAGAACUAAAUACAGUGGAACCUUAGUUUUAGAACUUAACUGGUUCCUAAAUGUUCUUAAACCAAAAUCAAAUUUUCCCGUAAUAAAUAAUCAAAAUGAAGUGUUUUUAUCUUAAUAGCAUUUCACGCAUAAAAGGCAGACAAAAUACAAAAAAUAUGCAUAGUAUCUUAUACAAAAUACUGUACAGUAAUGAUAAUAAAAUAGACUAAUUUCAUCUUACCUGUACAGAAGAGACGUGAUGGUGAAGGGGACGUAAGUUACUAUCCGUUAGGACUUUUCACCACAGAACAAGCUAGAUUGUUCCAGGUGUUGCAAUGAAAUUCUGGUUGGAUUUAAUGUUGUAUGCUAACUGUAUUAGCACUUUUAGCAGCUUUCCGUAGCCUCACCUAUUAGCUCCAUUUCAUGUAUGAUUAAUAGAAAAAAUACGCGGCUCAUAACUUUUAAUGUCCACAACAAAGUAAACUGUUAGAAGAAACACAGCAAAAAAAAAAAAAAAAAAAAGAUAAACACCUGAACACAAAACAAAAAUGACCUUUCAAGUUUAUUGGCGGAUUCCAACCCAACGUGCAUUACCUCCAUCUACUGCGGCGGCGGUGUUCGUGCACCAAGACUUUGUUCGAAAAGUGAUGCAUUUUUCAUUCAAAAAAUGUUCGUGAACUGAUUUCAUUAAGACAGCCGUUCUAAAACCGAGGUUCCACUGUAUAGUGGAUGCUAACUGGUCUGCUCAUAGUUUUCAAAGAUUGUUGAAAAGGCACAAAAGGUUAGCUUAACUAAUUAGCUGAACUGCACCCUCCACUGAUCAGUUCUCACAUUUACUUGAAUUAACUAGUUAUCUGACUUAAAGCAUUAUCAGCAUAGCAGAUAUUUUAAUGUAAAAUCUUGUAAAUUAGUUGUAGGUUGUAAUCUUGAAAAUGAAAGAUUGUUUAAUGGUGUCAUAAUGAGACAGUCAUUAAUGGUUAACAAGUGAAGGCUUUACCAUGAGAAAGUGGCAUGGUACUACAUAUGUAUUUUUUGUUUCAAAGCGCAAGUGCAUUUAAUAUAUUCAUUGUAUGCGUCUGGCGGUUGGAAUCAACAUUCUGUCCACUAAAACGCCUGGUUUGUGCAAGUUGCUCAAAUUGAGUAUGAUGUAUUUGUGGCAUUUGAGACGACCUGUGAGCAUUAUACGAGUAUUCAUUUAAAAAAAAAAAAGUCCUUGAACUUGUUCUGAUGCUAGACAAAACUACUUAUGUACAUAAAACUAUUUAUGGACUAACAGUUAAAUGAUUUCUUAAUGUCAGACGAUUACUGCUUCGUCCUGCUGAGCUAAUCUCACGAGUUUUACAAACAAGUUUUCUGAAGUCUGCAUCAGUUGAUCGGUUAGUUGAGCUUCUUGUCUCGUCUGUACUUGCAUGGCAGUGAGCCAAAUUGUUGGUUCACAUCCAUGGAAAUGCACAGUCUUCAGUGUGCCAGUAGGCACGCUCUGGCUUAGUGUCACGCUUUCAUGGUUGCAAUGUAAUAUACCAGAAUGGUGUGCUUCUGGCACACCAAAUUAGCCAUCAAGAUGUGAGACUCAUGUACUGCUCAUUUAGAAGCUAAACUUGCAGUUAAUUUGGUCAACACUGUUUGUUGACCAUCUUGCAGCAAUAUGACCAAAAUGUGACUCUUCCUUCCAACCUUACCGCUUUCGAGUUCCUUUCCCCAACAAGACUGUAAUUUAAAAAAUUGCCAUUAUAUAGAAAAUACACUUGACAUUGUUGCCAAUAGGGAGCCAAGAUUUAUAAGAUGAGAUUUAAUUUAUGUACAAUCAAUAUUUUCUAGGCUGAGGUGUUGUACUGUACUGUGUGAAUGAUUGCACAUAAUGGUGUAUAAGUGAUUUCUUGUGUGAUGAGUUGAUACUUUGCCUUCAUUCCUCACUCAGACCUGAAACCUUCCACUUCAGAGAGAAGAAAAUUAAAAUGUUCACAUUUUCAAA